AUGAGUGUCGUGUGAUGGAAGAGGAAAGCAACCUCGCGAAAUGGCUUGCACGAGAAGCUCAUCUGAGCCAUAAACACGAAGAAAUUUUGGCCAAACGUGAGAUGUUGCUUGCAGGAAAUGAGUCACGUAUGAGUUCACAGCAGAAGAAACUUCAGUUGACUACACAUGACUUUCAGAGAACUAAGGCAAGAAAUGAGCAGUUAGUGCAGGAAUUGGAAGCACUUCAGAGUGGAUUGGGAAAAAAGGCAACCAUGUGUACUAGUAAUGCUCAGUUUAUCAGUCUCCAGGAAAGUUAUUGGAAAAUGGUUAAACAAGAAUAUCUCCAGUGGAUAGCAAGAAAUGAAGCUUGCAACAGCAAGGAACAAAAGGAAAGGCAGUAAGAUCUCAGACAUUGGUGUAUAUUGAUAAACUAUAUGCAUCAGCAUUGGCUCAGGAACUGGUCGCCAAAAGAUCAAACAUCAGAAGGAAUAACUAAUUGCCUGUUUGGCAGGAGGGUUAUCACUGACUCAUGUAUAACCUGAUACACACAGGUUUCUGUCUGCAGACAGCAGAUCAGGGUAGUUGCAUCCCUGGAACGUUUAAAUUAAAGUCUAGGUAUACCAUUUGCUUAUUUCAAAUUUAUCUGGCUGUGUUACUCACUGAGCAUUUUCAGGCCUGGGUCAUGUCCAAGUUUGCUGGUGCAAUAACACCACAGGGACCUGUUUUCUUGAAAGUUGGGGUAACUUUAAGAGCUAAAAUUCCUAUUUUAAAAUCUAAAUCUAUAGAAUAAUAGGUCAGCUUUCAGCCCAAUAGCCACUUUCCUUGUAUGAAUGUCAAAAACUGUAACAUCUCAAAAGGCCAUUUUCGAAAUAUCUAUAUUUUGGGCAAUUUAGCAGCUUUGUAAUUUUUUAUUUCAUACACUUAUCAGUUCAAUACCAAUGCAACAAUACUUACACAGUUAGCACCCUACAAGUUGAAUGAUACAGAGUGGACGUCUGCUUGACAACAGUGUUGUCACUCAAGUUAAAUCAACUAGGUGUUUAGGCAUCGAAAUUGAAAAGAGUUAAUUAAGUCCUUUUCACAAAAAAUGAAUCUUCUCAGGUCUUUGUAUUUCUUACCGACUACAGCGAGAGCUGAUUUUUAUUUCAAAGUAUUUUUACCAUCUGUUAUCUAUGGCUUGGUUGUAUGGGGUUCCUGCGGCAAAAUCGUUCUUUGAUGAGCUGGAGAGAAUACAUGUACGUGCCUCAAAGAUCAUCUAUGGCCUGGAUCGGUACACUCCCAGCGAUCAGGUCUUAGCCCAAAGCAAGUGGCCCACUAUUUAAGAUUUAUACGAAUAUAGAUUACUUAUGUUAGCACACGACUGUUUUUAUAACUUCUUUCCCGUUCCUAUUAUGAAGCUGUUUACGAAAUAUGAGUACAACUAUAACUUGCGAAGGAAAUUGACAUUCUUGUUACCAAAAUUCUUCGCAAGUCCACUUGUUACAAAGCCGUAUCACUAUGGAACUCUCUUGACAACCAUACUCGUGCAAUCGCAAGCAAAAGCUAAUUUAAAAGUUUUCUUAAACGCAGAACUUCAUGCGAAUAGAUAAAACCAAAAUAAAACCAAUAAAACCAAAUACAGAAAUUAUUCGCAAGUCCACUUGUUACAAAGCCGUAUCACUAUGGAAUUCUCUUGACAACCAUACGCGUGCAAUCGCAAGCAAAAGCUAAUUUAAAAAUUUUCUUAAACGCAGAACUUGAUGCGAAUAGAUUAGUUUACAGACAUGUUAUCUAUUUUUUAAAAUAGGUUAGAUCCUUUUAAAUUUUGAUUAGAUUUUAAGCGUUUUAUUCACUUGUAAACUACUUUUAACUUUUAAAUACACGACCACAUUAG